CCAGCUUCUUCAGUCUGAAGCCAAUAUCCGACGUGAGCGGACGCAAUCCCGGAAAAACGUGAAAACAAAACCAAACACCUUUCGGUGUGUUAAUGUUUUGGGUGCUUCUAUAUUAACAUCAAUUUAUGAACCAAGAAUUUUCAUCUUUGUCUGAUUCACGAUCAAAUUAUUCACUGCUCGAACAAUUGAUGAAGGGCAGAAACAGCGAAAAACAAACAAGUGAUUAUAGGUUCUCGAAAUAAUACCACACUCAAAUUGGUGUUAGCGCCUUCUUUCUGGGCAAGUGCUGAAAACGAAAAUCGGUGAAAGAAAUAACAGCUGGAAAGUGAAAAUCAUAUAUUCUUGGCAUAGGAAUCAUAAUAAUCGUUUCGCCGUUGUUGGCGGUCUAUGUCUAUCGCUCGCCAAUAGUGGGUCGAAUUGGCCAAAGGCUAAUGACUUUCCUUUGAACGCAGGACUUUGAACCUGCGCAGUGGAGUGAGAAAAUCUCAGGCGUUCGCUAUUGAUUCGCCGAGAAGAAAAGGGAAGAAAGAGCACGAGAUUCUUUUUCUUCGCGGUCCGGUUCAAGAGAUCCCAGCCCGGUCCCGGUCAUCGAAACGGGCAGCAGCGAUAGCACGAAUCAACGUCAGCAAAAGUAGCAGUUUAGCGAGUUUCGAGCACUGGAUUGAGAGCGCAUUCCAUGGCGCACACAAAGAGGAGUAGUCGAGAGGAGUCCGGGCGGGAGAAAAAUAACGUGAUGAAGCACAAAGCCAUACUGGUGGCGUUGCUAUGUCUGCUGGUGAGUCCAGCAGUGGCCAGACCAAACACGGAGCCACUCUAUCACCGCAACCCGCUGGAAGUGACCGAGGAGAUAAUCCCAACCACCAAUACUCUGCCCCCAAUCGCCUCCGAUAGCGAUGGUCAACAGACGUCAUCCGGGGAGAACACCGUGUCAACGAUAGCGUCCCCAACCACAUCGGUUUUAUCUACAGCAGCAGCAGCGGUAGCAGCAGUCACACAGGAUUACACUAGCAGCCCCCUAUUCAAGCGAGCAGAUAUGCCAUUGAAGACGAAAGUUGGAACCUCGGGAGGAUACGUUGUUUCCACCAGCACUAAGAUUCUGACCAGUGCUGGACUCCACCAAUCACAUCAGGAAGUUUCGAACGAGGGUAAAGCCAACGUCAUUAUGUAUGAUAAUUUUUCUGGUCAUGUAGGAGCUGCUGAGCCGAUAUCCGAAGAAGAAUACCAGAGGGAGCUGAAGAAGGCUAGCGAAAAGGUGCAGCAUAGAGUGGCAUCCGCGACCACACCCAAGGAAGGCCUGUCAACGUGGGUUUUGCUUAGUGGUAGCAACUCACCAACGUCAACGGAGUCUAAGAAGGAAAUUGUCAACACAACGAAGAAACCCUACACAACAACUACCAGGCGAACUGCCACUACAAGCGCCCGCAAACCAAUGACCACUCCUCGUCGUCGACCAACGAACAACACUCGACCCGCUAGUUCGGACGAGAAAAAGGAUAAGAUCAACAAACUGCUGACCCGCAUCAAGGUGGCGACCGCUUUGGAGGCGUCCAAAGUUAAACCCGAAGAUAAUUCUGGAAAGGUUGAGCUGAUCACCAAGAAACCAAGAAAACCGACCCCAACCACAACCACAGCUCCCGUAACGACGACCUCAACUGAAUUAGCAAUUACAGAAACUCCAGCUCUCACUACUGUCACCAUCGGAUCAAAUCUCGAUGACAACGGGGUUGAAACCUCUACCUUCUUGAUAUUGGAACCAAAGGACGCCCAGUUUGACCUGCCUGAGGAUCGAUCUCCCGGCAAGGUGAUUAAGAAGAAACCCACCCGUAAGCCGGGCGUUGGUGCGACAAAGAAGAAGACCGCGAUCAAGAAGAAGAAACCGGAGGAAAAGGACGCAAUUAGUGGUCUUACGAAACUAAGUGAGAAGAAGCCACCGAUCAAAACCAAACCCAUGUCUGCCCAGAUUAUGAAUUACCUUUCGCGCGAGGUUAUGCCAUCGGUUGGUGUGGGACUAGUAGGCUUGGUAAUCACAGCAGGCCUUGCCUCGUAUUUCCUGGGCAGUCCAUUGAGUGCGCUCCGACGAUCGGACGAAACCAAUCGCAAGGAUGACGUAUAUUACUCCAACUAUGAAGAUUAUGCUGGACCUGAUGGUCAGAAUGAGGAAGAAGUAUUUGGUAAGCUAAUUGCCGGAAUGCCCGAACGUUCCUAUUAUCGCAAUAAUAUCCGCCGACGUACGAAUCAACCCACCCGGACUGGUCAUCAGUAUGGUAAUUAUCACGUACAGAGUUAUUCCGCUAACAGAGUUAAUCCACACAUUAGCUAUCGAAAUCGAGCCGCCUACGUCGGAACUCCGGAGAUGUAUGCCAACUAUAAUCGAAACGUACAAGCAAAAUCACACAACGAAUUCUUCUACAAUACCCCGCCAAGUUACUACACCAAACAGAGCUCGCCGGUGUACGUGACUCCAGAGAUGACAACGUACACAACGACAACCACCACUCAAACUCCCCCGCUGACCAGUGCCGAGCCUGUUUCAGCCGACAUGUCGGAAGAUGUUUCGGAGCAAGACAACGAGAUGCUUCCCAAUCCGGCGGCUUAUACUGCGGAGCACAACCCGGAGCAUCACGCCCAGUACGUGGUGGGAAACGUCUACCCCGACAGCAGUAUGAUUGAUAUAAUCACUUCGGCACCGGUUCCGGAACAUGGUCCACGUCGCCGUAAGCGUGACAUUGGCGUUGAAAGUGGCGAAGAUGACUUUGAUAAUGAGAUUGGUUCAGACGAAGAGCACGAUUCGGUCAUCAGUAGUAAACCAACAACAACGAAUCCUAGUACUACCCUGGCACUGGACAAUGACGCUUCCACGGAGGAGGACAAGGUAGAAACUGGUAACACGCCAACCGCUGAGUUGGGACCAAUUACUUGGGCUAAUCUCAUCCGCAACACCGUCGAAACGAAGCUGGCGAUGGGCAUCCAUCUGCUGCAGCAUGUGACCAGCCAAUUCCAGAGAUAUUUGCAUGGAGUUCAAGCGCGCGUUGAGAAUCAUUUCAACAGAACAACGGUACAUCAGUGAGAGCGCGAUCGGAACCACGGCGCUCGACUGAAACAAAAUGGCAUUUAAAAUCACACAAGAGACACGAGCUCGAGGAUUGGAUUCUCGUUCUGUUCAGUAUGUUACCCUUUCCAGCAGAGUGUCCCAACGAUUUAAAGCUUCUGCGACAGGGAUGAGAAUUUUCUCCUGAUCUCGUAUCUAACAACAAAUUUAAAAAGCCCACCUGCAAUCGACCCGUAAUUUUUCGCUCAACUAGCGGGAUCGGGACCGGUGGCUAUUCUGAAGAAAGAAAAAAAAACGGAUUGUUGCACUCAGUUUUCCCAUCUAUUUAUAAUCAAUCGGCACCAUACACGUAAGCACACUGAGAGAAAUAAAUCGAUAAUAAAUUGAAACAAAGAAGAGGGCAAAGGUUUUGUGAGAUUUUUAUUCCAGCAUUGUUGUACAUAAAACAUUACAUUGACACGACUUCUGUUUCGACAUUUUUUUAUUUAGGGUUUUAUUUUUUCUCAAUAUAUUAAUUAUUUAUUUGAACGCAUAUUUAUGACAAAGUGUAUUUUCGAAAUCGAUGAAUAAAUAAAUAAAUAAAAUUAAAACAUCAAAA